UUUCACUUUCAUUCCUGCUUGUACUUUCCACAGAAAAACACAACAGACCACAGAACUGCGAGUAAGAAUGGCAUCGGCAUAUAAAGAGCCUGAUGGGUUGAGGAUUACACUGCUGGGAUGCUCUGGUGUUGGAAAGAGUGUGACAGGAAAUGCAAUACUGGGCAGAGAGGCGUUUAAAGAGAGCAACACACUAGUGAGUGAACUACAGAGUGGACAAGUAGAAGGCAGACACAUCUCAUUGAUCGACACUCCAGGAUUCAACAACACCGAACUGACUGAUGAAGAGCUGCAGAAUGAAAUGACGAAGAGUCUUUCUCUCUCUCAUCCUGGUCCUCACGGCUUCCUGCUCGUCAUCAGAUUGGACAGAUUCACCGAGGAUGUGAGGAACAUUGUGCAAAACGUUCAGGAGAACUUUGGAGAUGAAGCUUUGCUGUUUACCAUGGUGCUGUUUAUCGGACGUGAAAAAAUGUCCAGAAGAAAGUUGAGUCAAUUUCUCGAGAAUAAAAAAACAAGAGAAUUGCUGAACUAUUUUAAAGGAGGAUGUCAAGUGAUAAACAGCAAACAGGAAUGUGGUACUAAUCAGAUCAUAAAGCUGUUGGAGACCAUUGACGAAAUGGUGAGGAACAACAGAGGAGGACAUUACAACGGUGAGAUCUUCCUGAAGACUCAGAGUAAACUCAGAGAGGAGAGGGAGAGAAAGGAACAAGAGGAGUUGAGGAAAAGGCACAUGGAGAUCAGGGAAAAACAAGAGGAUGUGAAGGAAAAACAAUAUGAUGUUCAAGAGUUGAGGAUUGUGCUCCUGGGAUGCUCUGGUGUUGGAAAGAGUGCGACAGGAAAUGCAAUACUGGGAAGAGAGGCGUUUAAAGAGAGCAGCACACUAGAGAGUGAACUACAGAGUGGACAAGUAGAAGGCAGACACAUCUCAUUGAUCGACACUCCAGGACUCAACAACACCGAACUGACUGAUGAAGAGCUGCAGAAUGAAAUGAUGAUGAGUCUUUCUCUCUCUCAUCCUGGUCCUCACGUCUUCCUGCUCGUCAUCAGAUUGGACAAAUUCACCGAGGAUGUGAGGAACAUUGUGCAAAACGUUCAUGAGAACUUUGGAGCACACGCUUCCAGGUUCACCGUGGUGUUGUUCAAUCAAAGACAGGAGAUGUCCAAUAGAGAAUGGAUGGAAUUUAGGCUGGAUAGAAAAACCAGAGAACUUCUAAACUACUGUGAAGAAAAAUAUCAUUUGUUCCUUCAUAAAAGCAAGCGAGAUAGGAACCAGAUCUCAAGCCUGUUGAAGGACAUAGAUGAACUAGUGAGGAAGAACGAAAGAGAAUAUUACACUAUAGAGAUCUUCAUGAAGAUCAGAGAGGAGGAGAGAAUGAGACGAAAAUGCCAAGAAAGAGAAGAGAAGAACAGAGCAGAGGACUGGAGGCAAGAGGAUGUGGGUGAAGAUGGAGUCCAACAAACAAGAGAUAGAUUGGACCAAGACAGACUGGACCAUCCAGAAGGAAGCUCUUACCACACUGAGGGACGUCAAAGAGAAAAAGAACUAGGAUUUAAAAGCCCAUUGGAGAAUAUGUAUGAAGAGAUGGAGAACAGAAGAGAACAUUACAGUCAAAAGACUUCCAUGAAGACCAGAGAACAGCAGGAAAAUGCAAUAAAUCUAGAGAGGGACAUAACAUGUCAAGAAAAAGAAGAGAAGAUGAACAGAUUAGAGGACUGGAGGCAAGCGGAUGUGGGUGAAGAUGAAGUCCAACAAACAAGAGAUAGAUUGGACCAAGACACACUGGACCAACCAGAAGGAAGCUCUUACCACACUGAGGGACGCCAAAGAGAAAGAGAACUAGAAAGAUUUGUUUUGGAGAGGGAGAAAAGAACGAAACAAGAUCUGAGGAUUGUGCUGCUGGGAAAGACAGGAACAGGAAAGAGUGCAACAGGAAACACCAUCCUCGGCAGAGACUUAUUUGAAUCUGUUAAUUCAGCUGAGUCGCUCACUAAAUCCUGCGAAGCGAUCAGUAAAGUGCAAGCUGACAGGACCAUCUCAAUCAUCGAUACUCCAGGGGUUUUUGAUACAUCAACGCCUGAAGAGCAGGUAAAGGCUGAAAUAGUGAAGUGUGUCUGCAUGUCUGCUCCUGGUCCUCACGCGUUCCUCUUGGUGGUCAGAGCGGAUGUGAGAUUCACCAAUGAAGAGAAGAACACGGUGAAAUGGAUAAUGGAGAACUUUGGAAAAGAUGCUGUACACUACACCAUCAUUCUGUUCACUCAUGCCGAACAACUGGGGGAUAGAGAUUUAUCUGUGUUUCUAAGAGAAAGUGGAAACCUACAGGCACUGGUUAACAGCUGUGGCGGCAGAUAUCACUCAUUCAACAAUGCGGACAAAGAUAAUCAAGAUCAGGUCACAGAACUGCUGACAAAAAUUGACAAAAUGUUAGAGAGGAAUGCAGGAACGCACUACACCAAUGAUAUGUAUAAAGAAGCCCAGAAAAUUCUGGAGCGCGAGAAUAUAAAACAGAAAACAACAAACCUUGGAAAAAUGGCACUAGUAGCUUUAGGAGGAGCAGCGUUGGGAAGUGCAGUUGUAGCAAAUGGAGGAGCAGCUGCAGUUGUAAGAGCAACAACUACCUUUUUACAAUCAGAAGUAAGCAAAUCAGUAAUGACAAUAAUGACACAAGCAGUAAGGAGAAAGCUGGAAGAGAUGAUGAAAUAGCAAUAUUCAAUAUAUAUGAUUUUUCCAUCUGCUCAUUAUAAUGUUAAUCUAAUGCUAAUCUAAUACACUGCUGCGGUUCUGCACUAAUGUCAGUGACUGUUGUCUAUCAACUUCUCUGGAACGGUUAUGUUAAAAAUAUACCGAGAAGAAAGUCUGAAGUAAGUUUGGAGUAGAAGAUAUAGAAAUAAACCUUGUGUAAAUUGUUAGCUUUAUGCUAAGCUAACAUGCUAUUUCUAGCCAUUUUACAUGCACAUGUCAAGAAAAUUCAUGUUAGAUCAUAAUUUAUUUUUUCUAGUAAGAUCUUUGAUAUUAGGUCAAAAAUCAUAUUCUUGAUAAUAAUUUUUGUAUUAAUUUCCUGUAAAAUAUCUAAACAUCCUUACAUUUUAAAGCAUGUAUUCUGUAAUGUGUAGUGGAUUACGUUUCAAAAGUAACCCUCCCAACCCUGAUUGUCACACAAAAACUUCCAUGCAACAUUCUGGGAAUGUUAGUUUAUGGUUAUAAAAAAUAACCCACAAGAGGAUGUUCUGUAUAAGUCAUUUUAGGUUCCAUCCAUCCAUCUUCAACCGCUUAUCCGAAGUCGGGUCGCGGGGGCAGCAGCUCCAGCAGGGGGCCCCAAACUUCCCUAUCCCGAGCCACAUUAACCAGCUCUGGCUGGGGGACCUUUCUGUGGAUCUUUCUGGGUCUUCUCCGAGGCCUCCUCCCAGCUCAUUUUAGGUUGUCACACAAAAGGGAUUAAUGGAAAGGAGGAGGCGAGAACCAGCUUGACAACAUAAAUAAUAGUUUAAUGAAGGACUGAACCAAAAAGACACAGACACAAACACACAGGUGUCGGACAGCUCCCCAUAACUCUCUCUCUGUCGCACUGCCAUCUCCAGUCGGCAUGAUAUGCUGUCACAUGAUUGUAUGAUUAGAUAAUCGCUCUAAUAGGUAGGUGUACAGGUGUACCUAAUGAAGUGCUCAGUGAGUGUAUAAUCUAAUAUAAGACAUUUAUACCACCGUUUACCAAACCUGAUGUUUCACUAAGACUUAUAAGCAGGACUUGAGGACUUUUUCAAAGGCAUUUGAAGUCCUUGAUUAUGGCCAGGGCUGUACUGGGAAGAGAAAUCGGCCUGGGAUUUUACAUAGCAACUGGCCUUUUCCGUUUCGCAUAACGCGUGGCUCAUUUCAUCUUAUCGCAGCCUGUUUCAUGGCCGACCCACUGGCCCACUAGGCUCUCCUGAUGGCCAGUCCUCCCCUGAUCGGGCCCAAAAUGCAUCAGCCCACCUGGAAUAUGCCUGGUAUGCCAGAUUACCAGUCGAGUCCUGAUCACAGCUGAUCAGUAUAUGUGUUUCAUUGAAAUUAAAAACACUCCACAGCAAAGUCAAGUUCCUUAUCAGUUGCACAUAUAAUACAUUUAAAUUAAAUGAAUCUAUUAACUGACAAAUACAAUUGGAAACCAAGCAGUGAAGUGUGAUGUGCCCCCUUUUCAUUCAUCAGUGAUACUGUAAUGGUGAGUUUGGUACGUACCACUUUCUGUUUAGAAGAGUUCAAAUAGAGAAUGAUCUUUCGCUGCUGUCUGAUAUAAUUGGGUUCUCCUAUUUUUAACAGUUUUGGCCUAGAGGUCAAGAGUUAUAUUCUUAUCUCAGAAGUGUGUAACAAGCAGCUGGAACAUAGUUUGCAAGACCUUACAGUAAGUUUCAAAGAUAACUAAUAGGGUGUCUGGAGGAUCUCUGGGAGGUUCUGCUAGUGGGCCAGCUGAGGAACCCCAAAUUGUGCCUUAAGGAUCUUUUGAUUUUUACAGUGAUAAAACCUCAUGUAAAACAGAACCUGUGGAAAAUUGUUUGGAUUGAUUGUCAUAAUAGUAAUAAUAAUAAAAACUGUUUAAAGGUGCAUUAUGUAAGAUUCAGAAACACUUGUUACUAGUGGCACCUGUGGCUGUUAAGUGAACUGCAGCUGCUACAUAAUGCUCGUGAUUGCGCACACACUCCAUAAGGACACGAGCAUCGACCAAAACAAUGAUGUACCCUACCCUUUCAUUUGUCUUAUACUUGUUUGAUUAUUAGUUUAUUUGUUUCACCUGCCUUCUUUGUUACCCUGGACUGUUUUAUCCCCCACCCCCUACCUGGACCCUCCUCUUAGGCCACAAGACCCCAAGCCCUUCCUCAAGCCACCCCCCUGGCUGCCAAACCCCACCCCCUACCUGGACCCUCCUCUUAGGCCACGAGAGGAAGACAUAUACCAGGACAAGGGAGAGGAGUGGGACAAUGUGGCAUUCCACCAUUCCUGUGCAGUCACAGCAUGGUUUGAUGCCCAUCCUAGGAUGAUGUCCGUUUCCUUGCUCCUUACUCCCCUUUUCCUCAACCCCAUUGAGGAGUUUUUCUCAUCAUGGAGAUGGAAGGUUUUUGACCAUCAUCCACAGGACCAAAUGUCCCUCCUGGAUGCAAUGGAUGCUGCAUGCCAAGACAUCACAGCUGAACACUGCCAGGGGUGGAUAAGUCAUGCCAAAAGAUUCUUCCCACGAUGCCUUGCCAGAGAAGAUAUCAGGUGUGAUGUGUAUGAGAACAUGUGGCCAAAUGCAGAAGACCGGGCAGAUUAGACUCUUUCUUUUCUUCUUUUUUCACAUAAUAAAUGGCAGCUAUAUUGCAUAUUUUUGUUAUCUUGCAGUAAUGUCCUUUUGCAAAUAAAGUCUUUACUGCAGCAAUUCUGUCUCUGUCUUCGUUUUUUCAUGAGCCGUAAAUUCUAUAAAGCACUCUGAGAUGGGUCUUUUUUUAUUGAAUUU